AUUUAUAAACCCAGCCCAGAAAAAGAAAGAAAGAGUUAGAAUCCUAAUUAUAGAAUCAAAGAAAAGCGAACAAGAAAAGAAUUGUUGCAUUUUAGAGUCUUAGACAGAACGAAAACCAACGCAAUCACUUAGCUGUGCCUCUUUCUGACCUAACAAAAAUUUGAAACAGAGUUAAAAGGGAAGAGAGGAAAAGAUUUAAGGGUAGGGUAAGGAGCAUGGGAGAUCUCUUUGUAUGGUUGAUAUCCUUCUUCAUCCUUAUUUCCUUAAUUGUUAUCAUCAUCUUUCAGCUGAUGGCCUUGGCGGAUCUGGAGUUUGAUUACAUCAAUCCUUACGAUUCCUCAUCUAGGAUAAAUAAAGUGAUUUUGCCAGAGUAUAUAACAGAAGGGGUUUUGUGCUUAUUUUUUCUUGUUACAGGGCACUGGUGUAUGUCACUUUUGUGUGUUCCAUACCUUUAUUACAACGCGAGGCUUUACACACGAAGACAGCAUCUGGUAGAUGUGACCGAGAUAUUCAACAUGCUCAAUUGGGAAAAGAAACAACGACUUUUCAAACUAGGCUAUCUCAUUGUUCUCCUGUUUCUUUCAAUUUUCUGGAUGAUUUUGACCGCCUUGGAGGACAGUGAUUAUGAUUAGUUGGGAUAAUUGCCUGCUCCAGCGAGGAAUGAAAUGGAGAUACUGGGUACCGUAAACUGCUCCCUUGUGCAAACUAAGGGGCCUGUUGUAACUGAUAUAGUUCCAGUUCUAGGACUGUAAGAAUGCUGUUCAUUUAUUGAAUAACAUUUGAGGUUCCACUGCUUUUGGCUAA